UUCUGUCGCUGCCGCUGUCUCGAUUACGGAAGAGCACCGGACAGGGGAAAGAACCGGACAAAUUGCGGCGUAGUGGUACGCGCGUGUUCCCCGUCCAAUAAUUGUGCCUAAAAAAAUCAGUGUACGUUCAAAUGAUCUUAAAGUUGGCCAAUAUAUAUAUAUGUAAUUGCGAGUGUGUGUUUAUAAACCCCUACAGCGCGUGGCAUUAAUCAAAAUUUGGCACAUGGUAAAAUCGGACUAGCAAUAAUGCAUUAGAAUACAAAAAAAAUUAUACAAAAGGAGGCGGAGUGAGACUGUGGAACAGAGACAGCAGCAGAUCGAGAGCAAUGCACUAGCAAGACAGCAAAAAAAAAAAUUAACAAAAAGUGACAAAAAAUCAAAAAGUUCAAAGCAAUAAAAAAUAAAUGCAUUUGUAAAAAUUUGGCAGGCAGCGUUUGAUAAAUUUAAAUUAAACGAGUUUUAAAUGCACAAACGAUAGCCAGCCCAGACAACCAAAACAAAACAAAAAACAACGCAACGGUGCGGGAAAAAUGAAGAAAAAAUUAAAAUCGCAUACGAGGAAUCUGCUAAUUGCUGAAAGCUACUCUGCAGACUCGCAGAUUCGUCGAUCCGUUGAUCCGUUGAUCUGACCAGUGUAGUCGUAAAGUGUCUCCCAUUAGUACCAAGCAGUGCAGAUCGCUUGGGAGUGAUAUAUUCCAUAUGCAAAUCUAAUCGAGAAACACAGAAUUGAACAUACACUUUAUGGGUAGGGGCACUGCAUAAUUUUUUGUGAGAUGCUACACAGUCGACAGACGGACAAAAAAAAAACAAAAAACAGAAAUCAAAAAACAGAAAACAGAAAACGAAAACCAGUUUGAUUGAAUAUACAAAAUAAUAAAACCAAAUUCGACAGCAUUCUUGAACUGUGCAUAUUUUGAAGCAACCCAAGCGCUAUACUCGUAUGAUAAUGAUAAUGAUAAUAAAACCCGCCAAAAACGGUCAACAGCGGUCACCGUCAACUCAUCAUGAAUGGAGUAUAACUAUGUAAAUGGUUUAGUCGCUUUAGUCGCCCAUUAGGUGUGGUUCACCUAGCCGGACCCACCCCUGGGAUGACCUUGACAGCAGAGCAGCUUAAUUUGUUUGCUCCGUAGGGAUGCUGAGAUCCGUGGAGAAACAUUCAUCCUUAAAUUCAUCUCGUUUAUACUCAAAUUGAGCACAAAUAUUUUCACUAAAUGCCACUUAGCAAUUCAAAUUAAUUUACAGCCACCACCUGGCCUGCGAGAGGUAGGUUUCCUCGGAGACACCUGACUGGCCCAUCUUGCCAUCUGCCCAUCCCACAGGAUGAAAGGUAAACAAGGAGCCAAGGACACUCACACGCCCUCCCAAGCUAAUCCUGCACCCUUGACAACAGGUUGUCCGUGGCACUGGCCUAAGACGAAUUUGAUGAGCCCCCAGUGUGGGGCAUUAUGAAAACAUUUUUUGCGAGAAAUUUUCAAUCGAAAAGAAGUAAGCAGACGGCUGUAAAAAGGACAGAGAGGAAAAAUCCAUCAAUUCGAAUUUAAAACAAUAAAAAAGGAAGGAAAAACAAACACUUGUCCAUGGCAGUCAAGAUGCUGCCCGUGAACACAUCCAGCCCCCUGGCAGCCGACUUUCAGAUGUUUCAAAACGAGAAGUUCCUCUUGAAUCUGACUCAAGAGCUGAACAUUUCGGCGGGCAAUCUGACUAGCCUGCUGCAGGGCCUGGAACCACAGGAGCUGCUCCCGCCAAUGACCCUCCUGGCCGCCCUGAGUGUGGGCUAUGCCCUCAUCUUUGUCGCCGGGGUGCUGGGCAAUCUCAUAACCUGCAUCGUGAUCUCUCGCAACAACUUCAUGCACACGGCUACGAACUUCUAUUUGUUCAAUCUGGCUGUAUCCGACAUGAUCCUGCUGUGCUCAGGCAUGCCCCAGGAUCUGUACAAUCUCUGGCAUCCUGACAGUUAUCCCUUCAGCGAUACCAUCUGCAUACUGGAGAGCGUUGUCUCGGAGACGGCGGCCAAUGCCACGGUCCUCACCAUAACCGCUUUCACCGUGGAGCGCUACAUUGCCAUUUGUCAUCCGUUCAGGCAACACACAAUGUCCAAGCUGUCGCGCGCCAUAAAGUUCAUAUUUGCCAUUUGGAUUGCGGCCCUCCUGCUGGCCCUUCCGCAGGCCAUCCAGUUCUCGGUGGUGUUGCAGGGCGUAGGCUCAUCGUGCACGAUGAAAAACGACUUCUUCGCCCAUGUGUUCGCUGUGUCGGGCUUCCUCUUCUUUGGCGGUCCCAUGACAGCCAUCUGCGUGCUGUACGUCCUCAUCGGGGUGAAGCUGAAGAGGAGCCGUCUGCUGCAGGCAAUACCACGACGAUGCUUCGACGUUAACCGCGGCAUAAGCGCCCAGACGCGCGUCAUCCGAAUGCUGGUGGCUGUGGCGGUGGCCUUCUUCAUCUGCUGGGCUCCCUUUCAUGCGCAGCGAUUGAUGGCGGUUUAUGGUUCCUCCUCGGGCAUCGAGUCGCAGUGGUUCAACGAUGUGUUCAGCGUUCUCGACUAUACAUCCGGCGUGCUCUACUUCCUCUCCACCUGCAUCAACCCGCUGCUGUACAACAUCAUGAGCCACAAGUUCCGCGAGGCCUUCAAGGUAACCUUGGCGCGUUACUUUGGACUCUCGGGCAAGAACCCCGGGCGGGGACUGCCGCACACCUACAGCGCGCUGAGGCGCAAUCAGACGGGAUCUCUACGGCUUCACACAACGGUGAAUAUUAAUUUAGCUACCAUUGGAAUUUCUGUUGCAGUGUCUCUCUCCCCCCUGCAGGACAGCGUUCGCACCACUAUGACAUCGACGACGACAACUACCACAACCGUGUUAAAUGGCAGCAGCAACGGGGCAGCCGCUGCCGGCAAUCUGGGGCGCUCCUCUCUGCGCCUGAAUCGCGUCUCCUUGGACAGCUCGCAGAGUCAAAGCCAGAAUCGCAGCAGGCAGGAUCUGUUUGAACAGCAGUCCCAUCCGCAUUCGCAUUCGCACCCACGUCGCACGCUGCAAUCGCAAAUAUCGCAGUUGUCAUCAGUGGGCGAUGCCCACUCGCUGCUGGAGGCGGACAUACAGUGGCCAGAGGAGCAGCUGCCACCGACACAGCCACCGACGCAGCUGCAAGCACCCAUGUGCUCCAUUGACGAGCUGAGUAGUCAGUCGGGGGCAGACGAUGUGGGAGUCUCUCGCUCCCGCCUCAAACUGACGCGCAUUACGCGUGGCGGCCACCAGCUCACCCAGUCGGGGGGCGAAGAUGUGGGCGGUGUGGCACACGAGGCAAAUGGCAAAGUGCGAAAGGCAAAGGCGAAAGCGCUCAAGAGCUCCAGUGCCCUCAAGAGUCUCAGGGCCACAUUCAAUUGGCGCGCCAGACGCAAAGGCAGCCACAAGCCACAUACCAGGACGAGCUCUGGCGAGGUCUCGAGUGAGCGCGGAGCCGCUUACUGAGCAGCCGCUUAACGGAGUCUGGAGUCCGGGCCACGCCACGCCACGCUACGUCCCUCUUCUAAGUGGCAGCAGACACACAACUGUGAUAAGAGCAGCAAGUCCUCUCCAGCUUGCUUAUGUUUCUAGACAAAUAUUCCAAGUUCGGUCAAUUAGUUGCCCAUAGUCAUAAUAUACAAAUAUAGCUAUAGAUACUCGCAGAUCUAUGCAUAGUCCGACCUCUUCUAGUCUAGAAUAAAUUAGUCUGUUCUAUUUUCUUCAA